CAUAACUAAAGUAACCACACAAAGAAAUGGUGCUCCCCUUCGGCUACUGUGAGAUCAUCCUCGCAGCAAUCUGCUACUACUGUCUCUCUGUUUUCCGGCAACGGCACGCGAUGAUAUUUGAGUGGCCGUUGGUAGGGAUGCUUCCAGCACUGCUUCGUCGUGUCAGCAGGAUCCACGACCUGUGUAUCCAUGUUCUCAGCCGCACCGGCGGCACUUUCUUGGUCAAAGGUCCAAGGUUCCUUCACAUGGACAUGUUGGGUACCGUUGAUCCCGCCGAUAUCCACCACAUCAUGAGCUCCAACUUCUUGAAUUUCCCAAAAGGCGAAGAGUUCAAGGAGAUUUUUGAACUUCUCGGAGACGGGAUUUUCAAUUCCGAUUACGAGUUGUGGAAGAGCCACCGGAAACUUAUCAAUGCUUUGAUUAGUAAUAUGAAUUUUCUGCGGUUCAUUGCUAAGAUGAACAGGGAGAAAGUUGCUAAAGGCUUGAUUCCGGUUCUUGACUAUGUGGCGUCAACAGGAGUUGUGGUCGACAUCCAAGAUGUGUUUCAAAGGCUAACCUUUGACACUACUUGCAUGUUCGUAACUGGAUACGACCCUGGUUGCUUAUCUGUUGAUUUCAAAGAUGUGCCGUUCUCGAGAGCCAUGGACGAAGCUGAAGAAGCCAUCUUCUCACGUCACAUCCUUCCAAAAAACGUGUGGAAGCUACAAAGGUGGCUAGGUGUUGGGAAAGAGAAGAAACUUAAGGAGGCACGCGAAACCUUAGAUGAUGUGAUAGAAGGUCUCAUUUCAAGAAAAAGAAAAGACUUGAGUGAAGGAAUCGUGUCAAAAGAUGACUCAAAGGGUAUCGACAUAUUGACUUCAUUGAUAACGUGCGAGCCUGAAUGCUUCGGUGAUGGGUUCAAAUAUGAUGAUAAGUUCUUAAGAGACACUAUCUUGAAUUUGAUGAUUGCAGGGAGGGACACAACAAGCUCAUCCCUAACAUGGUUCCUUUGGCUUGUUAUCACCCACCCAAACGUCGAGAAAAAGAUUCGAGAGGAGAUAAAGGCGAUUAUCCCAACUUCGGAAAUGAAAAGUUUUAAACUUUUCGAAACAGAGGAAACUAACAAGUUGGUUUAUCUACAUGCCGCGUUUUGCGAAGCCUUAAGGCUAUACCCACCUGUUCCAUUCCAGCACAAGGCUCCGGUUCAACCUGAUGUUCUUCCUAGUGGUCAUCGUGUCUAUCCCAAUAUGAAGAUUAUGUUUUCUUUGUAUGCAAUGGGGAGAAUGAAAACCAUUUGGGGGGACGAUAGCUGGGAGUUCAAGCCGGAGAGAUGGAUCUCCGACAAGCACAUGAUAAGGCAUGAACCGUCGUACAAAUUCUUGUCGUUCAACGCUGGCCCAAGGACUUGCAUCGGGAAACAUGUUGCAUUCACUCAAAUAAAGGCCGUAGGUGCGACCAUUUUACACAAUUACAAGUUCGAAAUGGAGGAAGGUCACGUAGUGGCUCCUAAUGUUUCAGUCAUUCUUUACAUGAAACAUGGACUCAAGGUUAGGGUCGCAUGUAGAUGGGCUUGACGUCGUGGAAGGGUAAUUCAGUUUUAACCACCGUGUUAAAAAAUGAGUAAAAGAACAUAUGGUGUUUUCCUUAGUAUUUUUCGAAAAAGUAUGGCUUUUAUUUUAAAGAUUAAAAUAAGUUGGUUUAAAAACUCAACCGCGGAGAGUUUAUAUGAUUUUAUGGUUUGGUGUGUAUAAAAGUGUACAACCCCUAGAAGGUAGUAUAUGUAACAUGUCCAUCAUGGUAGUGAAAUAAACUUCGUUUUAAUAAUUAUCAAGUAUUUAUUUUUUACUUA